AUGGAGAAGAAGAACGGCGGUGCUUGGUACUGGCUCAUGCUUGCCGCCGUGUGCUCAGCGGAGAAAUGGAGAUUCCCGGACACAGCGGCCUCCGUUCGAGUUGACGACAAAGUGACGUUCAACGUCUCCCCAUUCACGGGCAACCAGAAUGAACCACCGAAAAGGAAGGCCUUGAAAAAGAAUGACCAGUCAGACGGCCAGUAUUUCGGGCGGCCGUCAGAGCGACAAGGCUUCUACGACCAGCCUUCAGACGCUGGUCGUUUCACGGGAAAUGUGAGGCCCAACGAACUGGACAGAUACUUGUCCAAGAACCACGUACCUAAUAAUUACAAUUACCCGGCCUCGAUCCCGCAGGAGAAACCAGUAUACGAAUCGGACGGCACGCUUGAUUCCCUGCAAGUUUGCACUUGUAGUCCAACUUUGCAAAAUGACUGUAGAAAACGCGUCGGAGGCUCGCGCGCCUGUGGUCCGAAUAUGCACCUGUGCUGUAAACCUGACCGCGUGCAGCAACCAUCUGCAGAAUAUUUCAGCGACCUGACGGACGAGCGUCCGAUGCUGCUGCCCGGACGAGGGCCUAGCGGGGGGCCCUUCCCACCGCCCCCGGACUCAGUUCUGAGCGGACAGUACGGGCCGGGUCACGCGCACGAGGCGGCGAUAGUUUCCGGCCUCGUGCCUGAACGCGCCCAACUGUCGAGCAUUCUCGUCGGCCCGCAAGGACCCAAAGGGUUCUUCGGCCCCGUCCCGCAGGCAAACACCCCGCCGGUAUUAGUCGGACCCGACGGACCCACGGGGAUCACUGGCCCCACAGACAAAACCACGUUUCCUGACUACGGAUCGAACAGAAGUCCAUACGAUGGGGCCGUGACCGAUAACUACAGCGGCAGACCCGUGCUGGUAGGGCCAGGCGGGCCCACUGGAUUGAUAGGGCCCAAUAAACCUUCAGCUCUUGGUCCGGAAGGGUCUGCGGGAGUCGUUAGACCAAAUCGAAGACCGAGUGACAGCUACAAUGGCAAACCCGUACUGGUCGGCCCAGAGGGACCCACGGGCACGAUCGGCCCGAAUUACGAAGGUGGUCUCGGUUCGUACAAAGACCCGGAAGAGGCAAGACCGAGCGAAACCGCUCAAAGACCGGUCCUCGUUGGCCCCGGAGGCCCGACUGGAAUCAUCGGGCCGGGCUAUAACCAGCGUCCGAUUCUGGUGGGCCCUGGAGGUCCUACAGGAAUUAUCGGCCCCCGCAGACCAGUCUUAGUUGGUCCUGGCGGCCCGACCGGUAUAAUUGGACCUGGCUACGGGCUUACGUCGAGGCAGGGAGCUAGACGACCGGUGUUGGUAGGCCCUGGAGGUCCUACCGGUACGAUUGGCCCGUACGGAUAUUACGGCAAA